CUUUUUUUAGAUUAUAGUAGCAGUUAAUCCAAGCGUAAUCACGCACAAAUCGUAUCGCAUCGUAUAUGAUACGUACCGUCGGAUGAUUGCAAAGCACAGCCAAAAAGAAUGGGCAGGUCGCGAGGUCUGAUCGGCGAGAAGACUGACGGAUCACGGCGUCGCAUUAACGACCAACGGCCGCGCGGGCCAACCCCGAACGUUCACGGGUACGGGUUACGGAGUCGACGUUUGCGAGACUCGAUAAGUACGAGGCCAACCCCAAACCAAGCGGUGAACAGUUGGGAUGCAAGCGACGAAGAGGACCGUAGUUGUGCUUCGGACAAGAUCUCGCGAGACCUCUGGUGAUAGAUCUGCUUCCUAACGCUUCAACACAUCCUUUUCAUCCAGGAAGAGAGCUUUCUCCUCCGUGAUGGUAACCUGUUGAUAGCUCAGCUGUCAUCUUCUCUUUGUGACGCCAGACGAAGAAAUGUUUCCUCUUGGAAAUGAUAGGAAAUUGAAAUGUGGCGGUAGAAAGCAGGUAGAACCAGGAGGCCUGUCAGAGGAGGGAGAAGGGACAUGGCGAACAAGGUCAUAACCAUCGGUCAUCUGCUUCAGCGAGCCGCCUCCUCCCCUCUCAGCCAUCAUCUUCCCGGAGGUCACGCGUUCGAAGACGGUGACUUCGAGGAGGAAGAGAAGGAGGAGAAGGGUGUUGGGAUCUGGGAUGAGGAAGGUCACAGCGCGUCCGCUACCCCUGGGGCUUCUCACAAGGGCAAGAUCAGGGAGAUGGAGAGCUUCAUCUACGAGGUGUUCGACGCGGCCUCCGCGGUGAAGCGAGCGUACGUGGGCGUUCAGGAGGCGCACAGCCCGUGGGACCCGGACAAGCUACGGGUGGCGGAUGCGGUAGUGGUGGCGGAGCUACGGAAGCUGGGGAGGCUGAGGGAUCGGUUCCGGCGGGGCUGCUUCAGCCCCUCUUCCGCCGGCCCACCGGCGGCGCCGUUGAGGGAUGCGGUAGCUCCGUACGAGGCGACGAUCGAAGAUCUGAAAGGACAACUGAGCGCGAAGAAUGCGGAGGUGGACAGCCUCAACGAGAAGUUGCGGAGCGCCACGCUCGGUGGGUUGGGAAGGAAAGGACGGCUCCAUUCCGGCAAGAGGGUCGGACGCAUCACCGUCCUCGGGGCGCCCGGCACGCGCACGCCGGAGCUGUUCGAGGCGUACAUGGAGCAAGUGAAGUCGGCGUCCAAGACCUUCACAUCCCACCUUCUCUCCCUUAUGCGCUCCGCCGGCCGGGACGUCGCCGCCGUCUUCCGGUCCAUCAUCGAAGGAGGCGGCGGCGGCGACGGGGCGGCCAAGGAUCGCGCUCCGGCCAUUCCCAACCUGGAAGCCCGCCAUGCCAAGUACGCCCUGGAGGCGUACGUGAACGGCAAGCUGUUCCAAGGAUUCGAGAACGAGACGUUCUACCUGGAGGGAUCGCUGAGCUCACUGAUCAAUCCGGCGGAGUUCCGGCGCGACUGCUUCACCCAGUUCCAGGACAUGCGGGGGAUGGAGCCGGAGCAGUUGCUGGGCAUCCUCCCGGGAUGUCCCUUCGGGCGGUUCGCCGCCAGCAAGUACCUGGCCGUCGUGCACGACAAGAUGGGGGAGUCGCUGUUCGACGGCGGGUCGGAGCAGAGGCAGCAGGUGCUGGCGGGGGCGCACCCACGGACGGCGUUCUACGGCGAGUUCCUCCGGCUGGCCAAGGCGGUGUGGCUGCUCCACCUUCUGGCGUUCGCACUGGACCCGGCACCGGCCCACUUCGAGGCGAGCAGGGGGGCGGAGUUCCACCCAAACUACAUGGAGAGCGUGGCCCGGUUCACCGGCGGUCGCGUGCCGCCCGCCUCGGUGGUGGGCUUCCCGGUCGGGCGGGGCUUCAGGCUCGGCAACGGAUCGGUGGUCCGUGCCAGGGUCUACCUCACCCCAAGAGCACAGCCUCAGUGACGUAAUGGGUGAUCGGACAAGAGCGGACCAAUCCGCAAAAAGUAGUCUUCAUCUUCGUGGCAAUGCCCGUUUCCAUCUUUCAUCUAAUAAGCCGUCUUUUCUCUUCUAUCUCUCUGUCUUUCCCAUUUAAACCAGUGAAUUAUGGGGGUAAAAAGGUCAUAAUAAUGUUGGUGAGUCGUUGAUGUAACUUACUAAGUCGUCAAUGU